AUGACGAAGAUCGACGCCCUCCGUCGAUUCCUUCUCCCCUGCAUCUCACCUUCGGUCAACUCCGCCGCAGCCGCCGGAGCCACCAAGAAACGUCUCAGCACCUCCCUCCGAGACGACAUCGUCGCCGGCGGCGGCGGUGGUGACCAUGACUCCGCCUCCUCCGCCUCCUCCGGCGAAUCCUCCGACGCCGCCGCAGCGCCGCAACGGCCGUCGAAGACGAUGGUGAUCGGAACGAUAUUCGGGAGGAGAAAAGGCCACGUCUGGUUCUGCGUCCAACACGACCGUCUCUCCAAGAAGCCUCUCCUCCUCCUCGAGCUCUCCAUCGCGACGAACCAGCUCGUCCACGAGAUGGGUUCGGGUCUCGUCCGGGUCGCCCUCGAAUGCCCGACCCGACCCGAAUUAUCGUCGUGCCCGCUGAGGUCGGUACCCGUUUGGAAGAUGUACUGCAACGGGAGGAAACUAGGGUUCGCGGUGAGAAGGGGCGCAAACGAAGAGACGAAUAUGAUGCUGAAGAAGUUGCAGUCAACGACGAUCGGGGCGGGUGUGUUGCCAUCUGGGUCCGGGUCAGAACCCGACCCGGAUGAAGUGAUGUACAUGAGGGCGAAUUACGAGCACGUCGUGGGUAACUCUGACUCGGAGUCGUUUCAUCUGAUAAACCCGGAUGUUAACUCGGCACAAGAACUCAGCAUUUUCUUGCUCCGCACGUCAAGUUGAUGCCUCUGGUAACUUAUGAAAGCUUUUCAUAGAUUCCUGUUGGGUUUCUAGUUUCUUGUCCGGGGUAGCGG